GCGAGUAGAUGCAGUACCUCCGUAGUCAAGAUAUUAAGCUAGAGGCGAUGCGUGUUGGAUUUAAAGAUUUCGCACAGGAUGUGAUGAAAUAUAUGGUGGGCCAGGUCCACCUGGCAAUUAGUAAGACAAAGGAAUUCUGCACUGGCGCCAUUGAAGGCACCAAGUUAGCAGCUGCCAAGGAAGAAGAGUCGGCCCCACCUCGUCGCGAAAAGGUUGAAGUCCGUUUCCCCGAACCCUUCAGUGGAAAGAAGGGGGAGGAUUUCGAUAACUGGGAGGCCAACGUGCACUCCUAUUUGUGCUUGCAAGGAGACACGCUUGAGGAUCACGUUUUGGUGGCCUUCCAGUCUGUCGAGGAGCAUGCGCAGCAUUUAGAUCUUGUGUCAGGUCUCCUUAGGCAGCGCAAGUUUAAGAUCAAGGAGGAGAAAUGUGAGUUUGGACGCACAAAGAUCUUUUACAUGGGCCAUGAAGCAUCCGCGGAUGGAGUUAGGCCUGAAGAUGUGAAGGUGGCCAGCAUUCGUGAUUGGCCACGACCUCAGUCUGUGACAGAGGUCAGAUCAUUCUUAGGGAUGACCGACGACUAUUGCAAAUUCGUAACGAACUAUAGUACGGUGGCCGCCCCUUUGACUGAUCUAACACGCCUUGACACACCAUGGGAAUGGACAUACGAGUGUGAGGCAGCCUUCAAACGAUUGAAGUAUGCUCUCAUGCACCAUGAGAUUCUCAUGCUUCCCAAUCUUGAAAAACCAUUCGUUGCGACCAUUGACGCAAGCCAAUAUGGCAUUGGCGCAGUGUUGACGCAGCAGGAAGGGAAGAAGUUGAGGCUGAUCGAGUACAUGAGUAAGAAGAUGCCAUCAAAGAAGUUCGCAAAGUCCACCAAGGAGAGGGAACUCUACGCCCUUUACAAAGCCCUUGUCCAUUGUAGGCAUUAUCUGCUUGGCAAGUUCUUCUAUUUAAGAACCGACCAGCAGACACAGUGGAUCAUGACGCAACCUGCUCUCUCCAAUGCACUUAAACGUUGGAUUGAAGUCAUAGAUCAAUAUGGCUUUAAGUUAGACUAUGUGAAGGGAGAGUACAACAAGGUUGCGGAUGCACUGUCACGUAGGGCAGACUGCCUAGGUGCACUAGUUACUGAGUUUGGCCUAUCUGACGAAUUAGCUCGAUCGAUGGUGGAUGCCUACAAGGAAGAUCUCGUCGUUAUGGACAUCAUGCACAGACUAGAGGCUCAAGACAAGGCCGCUUCAAAUGAGUUUGUGAUGGUGGAUGGGUUAAUCUUUCUUGAAAAGGCAGGCUUCAAGAGGCUAUGAGUUCCGUUUAGUGAGAUUCUGCGUAGUUUAUUUUUAGGUGAAUGUCAUGACGUGA